UUUUUUUUUCCUUUUUCCCCCAUUCCAUUUAAAUUUUAAAAGAAAAUAGACCAUGUUAGUUAAACAUUUACUGAAUGUAAAUAAUUUGAAAGAUCAUAGAGAAGUAGAGGCAAUUGAAGGUCUGUUAAGAUUGCAGGAGACUGGUUCCUUUAAUGAUACACCAUCUUAUCAGAGACAAGAGGGUUCUUGUUGUUUUAUUACAAAUCGUCGUGGUCGACCUCCUCGAGAUAAGACAUCCAAACAAGAUAGUAGUCUCAAGAUGCUAAACUUGACUGCCUCUCAAUAUGCGCGUCAUGUGAACGAAACAACUAAAGUUCAAAAGAGAAUGAAGAAUCAUCCAACUAAUAAAAUAUCUUCUUCUACUACGAAUAAUAACAACAAGCCACGAUGGCAGGAUCAUGAAAGACAGGAUCUUUUAGAAGCUAUUGUAAGAGUGAAAAGUUUAGAUGAUAUGGCUACUAUCCCUUGGGAUGCUAUCUCCAAGUCUGUGGGUCGUGCAAAGAAAGCUUGUAAAGAUCAGUGGAGAAGAGAAUUGUUACCUUAUUUAAUUGAUGGCUUAUUUGCUAAUAAUAACAGCUCUACUACAAUGAAAUUGUCGAAAUACAACAAUAGAAAAAAGAAGGAAUGAUGCAUAAGUGAAAGGAAACAUUCUCAUUACGUAAUUGUAAAUACAUAUAUGAAGUAGAAAUCACAACUAAAUAAAUAAAAAAA